AUGAACGCAGUGAUCAUUGCAGCCGUCGUCUGCGCUAUUCUCGCCACAGCAUCGGCCGGUGGAGUUGGCCUUGGCUACGGCCUUGGCUACGGAGGCUACGGUAUCGGGUAUGGAGGCUACGGUCUCGGCUAUGGGCUUGGUGGUGGCUACGGUGUCAGCGGUGUCGGCGUCGGCAGCAGCGUGGCUCUUCUUCACGGGGGCCCUGCCUACGCCAAGGCCGUAGCUGGACCAGCCUUCCUGGUAAAGACGGUGCACCACGUCCACAAGCUGCAUGGCGGAGGCGCUGUGAUUGCCCACUCCGGCCUCGGCAGUGGUUACGGAGGCUACGGAGGAUACGGAUACGGAGGCUACGGUUACAAAGGUUAACGUUAGCGAAAUGGUGUUGUUUACUGCGUACUGAGCGUCUCAUUCGCU